GACGGAAACAAACCUGCGCGCGCGCAGUCGCACAUCAAUCGUCGCAAACAUUCGACAAGCUAAUAUGGCUGCGGCAGUUGAGAGUGUCGUGAAAGUGCUCGGUGAGCAGUACUACAAAGAUGCCAUGGAGCAGUGCCACAACUAUAACGCCCGCCUGUGCGCGGAGAGGAGCAUCCUCAUGCCCUUCCUCGACUCCCAGACGGGGGUGGCUCAGAGCAACUGCUACAUUUGGAUGGAAAAAAGACACAGGAGUCCAGGCACAGCCCCAGGACAGCUGUAUACAUAUCCAGCCCGUCGCUGGAGGAAAAAACGAAGGGCCCAUCCUCCUGAGGACCCUGCUCUGGUGUUCCCGCCUCUGAAAGCAGCUGACCUGGAGCUGGGUCUGAAGAAGGACGUGCUGCCUCCGCUGGACGGCAGUAGCCUGGAGGCCCUGCUGAAGGGGGAGCCCCUGGACAAGAGAGGGCCGCCAGAGCUCCGUGGGCCUGAGGAGGACUCCAGCGUGGCCGAGAUCACAGCCACCCCCAGCCACACCGGCUCCACCCGCAUACGGAAGGUACGCAGAUGCACAGAGAGGAUCCUGGAUCCUGACGACUAUCUGGAUGAUCUGGAUGACGAGGACUUUGAAGAUGAGACCCCCAAGAGAAGGGGCAAAGGGAAGUCUAAGGGCCGUGGUGUUGGAAAUGGAAAGAAGAAGCAGGAUUCGUCGUCCGCAGCUGCACAGGAGGAUCGAGACAAGCCCUACGCCUGUGACAUCUGUGGCAAGCGGUACAAGAACCGUCCGGGCCUGAGCUACCACUACACCCACUCUCACCUGGCGGACGAGGAGGGAGAGGACAAAGAGGAGGCCGAGAUCCACACCCCAGUCCCACGCGAGGAGACCAAGACUCCUAAGAAAGGACCCAAUGGAUUGGCCAUGCCCAAUGAUUACUGUGAUUUCUGCCUGGGGGAUUCCAACAUGAACCAGAAGACGGGGCAGUCUGAGGAACUGGUGUCCUGCUCAGACUGCGGACGCUCCGGUCACCCGUCUUGUCUGCAGUUCACCCCGGUGAUGAUGGCCGCAGUGAAGACCUACCGCUGGCAGUGCAUCGAGUGCAAGUGCUGUAACGUCUGCGGAACGUCUGAGAAUGAUGACCAGCUCCUGUUCUGUGAUGACUGUGACAGAGGAUACCACAUGUACUGCCUCACACCUCCUAUGUCCGACCCUCCUGAAGGGAGCUGGAGCUGUCACCUGUGUCUGGCCCUGCUCAAGGACAAGGCCUCCAUCUACCAGCAGCCUCCGGUCGCGCAGAUGGAGUAACCAUCUCAUUUCCUCUCAUUUCAUCCCACGCCUGCAGCAGCACCCAAGAGAGCACACCGCUUCCACAGCACACCCCCUCUUCCUGCUUUUACAAACACUCUCUCUCUCUCUCUCUCUCUCUCUCUCUCUCUCUCUCUCUCUCUCUCUCUCUCCCCCCCUCUCUCUCUCUCUCUCUCUCUCCCCCCCUCUCCCCCUCUCCCUCUCUCACACACACACACUUCUUAUACACAUGUGGACAGACACUGAGAGACUCACAGACAAACACGCAAAUGCAAAUACACAUACACUGUCACACAUUUGUACAAAUAAACGCGCGCGUACACACUCUCACCUGUGUGCACAAACUCUUUCUCACAGCACAGGACUGGCUCCUGCCAUGUCCACAGAGAGACCCACCACAGCACCUUUACUUUGCCUAUGAUCUCCAUUCCAGCAUGCAAACUUCCACAUUCCACUCUAUAGAUGGUCCAUCUUCUUGCAUGCUUGGUAUCACUGAGACACUAACCAGCGAUGAACUUUUUUUUUUUUUUUUUUUUUACCUGCUUUCCUUCCUUUGUUUUUUCUCCAGUGUCUAUGUUAUGGCUGAGGUGGUAGCGUGAAUUGGAGACGGAUGUUGUUUUUAUGUAUUGCCAAAUUUCUGUGUCUUAUGCAGGUCAAACAAAAAAGAAAGGAAAAAAUUGUAAAGGCCAAAAUGAUUUGGAUAGCUUGUGGUGGUCCUAUGUAGUGCUGUGUGUCAGAUAUAUACAUCUGUUGUAAUGGUAAAUUUGAUGUAAAAUGUUUUUUAUUAUUAAUAAUAAUUGGAGUAGUACUUCCUGCGUCUGCAGGAUAUUCUGGUGCCAAGGUCCUGAUGAUCACAAAAAGAGUCACACAGUCCUAACUAUGUUGGGAACAUACUGUCAUAGUUUUUAAAAACUCACUGAAACUACUAAAUAUAGUUCUAGGUUUGGGGUCCAUCUCAAAAGCAUGUCUCAUGUGUUGAUACACUCGCACAAUCCUCUUCACUACAAAUGUCUGUGGAGGGGGGCGGGGUCUCUUAUAGUGGAAUUUUGUAUAUGAAAGAUGACGUCUAUAGCCAACUGCUUAUGCCUAAAUAUAGCAAGCACCGUAUCACAUUUUGUAUUUGUCUGUUUUAUUUUUAGUUUUUUUCAGUGGUGGUUUUUCAUAUUUUUGUCUUUGUUCAUUAAAGUAAAUUACUGUUUUUUUUUUUUCACUUUCUUAUUACUUUUUCCUCCUAUUAAAGUAUUCAUGUAACUGAGAAAUAUGCCUCAUCUUUUUAUAACAUUUUGCAAAAUGACAUGUUCACAAAAGAAUUGCAUGAAAUAAAGUUUUCAAACCUCUUGGAUUACAGUUAUUUAAAAAAAAAAAAACUUGUAAAAUCUGUGUUAUCAUUGUAUACAGUUGCCUUAUAUGUAAAAUAAACAUCUGUGCAUAUACAUUCA